CAUUCCCCAUCGUGAUCUCAGGGAAAGAAGAACAUGAAUCAACCGCGCAAUCGAUGAACAAGCAUAUAUAGUUUGCAUAAGGUUUCAAAUAAAUGAAAAUUAAUCUAUCGAGAUCUUUCGCGAAGAAAUCGAACCGCAGAUGGAUCAGGAUCCUGGGAUCAACGACGACCUGGCCACGUGCAGCAGCAGCGGCGGCAAGGCGCCGCAGUGCUCCGUGAUCUCGACGUACCGGGCCAAGAUCGGCGGCGCGCUCCGUGCCGUGACGGUGGUGUGGAGCAAGAACCUGAUGCACCACUCGCUCUCGGUGUCGAUCGACGGCAACCACGGCGCGGCGACAUGCAAAGUGGAGAUGAAGCCAUGGCCUUUCUGGAGCAAGAAAGGCUCCAAGUCCUUCGACGUUGACGGAAGCCAUGUCGACGUGUCGUGGAACUUCCGUCUGGCUAAGUUCACCGACGGGCCGGAGCCCUACGAAGGAUAUUUCGUCGCCGUUGUCUCCGGCGACGAGGUGGUGCUGUUGAUCGGCGACAGGAAGAAGAAGGCAUACAAGAAAACCAAGUCGCGGCCGUCGUUGGAGGAGGCGGCGCUGGUGUCGAAGAAGGAGACGGUCUUAGGAAAGCGAAGCUUCGCCGCGCGGGCCAAGUUCGAUAGCCAGCGAAGCAAGGAACACGACAUCGUGGUGGAGCAUUCCAUCUCCGACCAGACCAAGGACCGCGACGGCACCGAGCUGUGGAUCACCGUCGACGGCGCCGUCCUCGUCCACGUCGGCAACCUCCAGUGGAAGUUCCGCGGCAGCCAGAUCGUGUGGAUCGACCAGCUCCCGGUCCAGGUCAUCUGGGACGCCCACGACUGGCUCUUCAAGCCCCACGGCCUCACCCACGCCCUCUUCUUGUUCAAGCCCGGCCUGCCGGAGCCCAUCCCCGCGCCGCCUGAAGCAAACGAGCCCGACAAUGCUGCCGUCAUGGUUAACGACGAUGUUAGCGCUGCAGGUGGACAUUCUUCCGAGUUUUGCUUCUUCCUGCACGCAUGGAAGAUCGAAUGAUUAACAGCGAAGUAGCUCUGUUAUUAUUAUUAUUAUUAUUAUUAUUUUUUAUUCCUUUUCUAGUGUCCACCGAAAA